GCAGAUGGCUGGAUGGUCGGAAAAGCUACGAUUGGCUACAGUCCACCUCUCAAACCCUCGUACAGCCCUCGACAACCUGCACGCGACCGACCCGACAGCUAGCUACACACUAAACAGUGAUGUUGCACCGCUUGCGGCCCACCCCCUUGCGACUCUCCCCAUUGGCCCACGCCAGGUCAUCCUCACCCUCGCUCUCGUUGCUGUCGCCGUCCCUCUCUCGCGGCUCGUUGAUGCUCUUGUCGUAGCGGCAGGGCUUGAGAUUUCUUCGGCGCCGCUUGCGGGUGUGUGCGGCUUCCUCCUCCUCGGUGCUGGCGCUGGCACCAGAGCUGCUUGGGUCGGACGGUGGGGCCCCCUCCCACUCGACGUCCAUUCCGCCCUCGCCCGACCCACCAUCUCCGCCCGCUGCAAUCCAUUUUUUCCAUGCAAGCAUCAUCUGUCUUCGGUGUUUCUGCUUACCACGUUGUCGGCCUCCCCUCGGCCCUCUCCCUCCUCUGCUGUCGCCUGCUGCUGGGGCAGGGGCGGUGGUGGUAGGGGCUUCGGCACGACAAACCCCUGACAGACACACAAACCCCUGAGGUGGGCUGUGUGCAGGAGUGUGUGCCGCCAUGCUCACAGCCUGCUCAAAGGCUGUCUCUAGAUCGUCCUUGUGGUAGGUGUCGGGCCCUUUGUCGAUCCUGAAUGGACGAGAAGGCACACAGAGAGGCAGACAUUGUCCAUUUGUGUCUCUGAAUUCCCCUCCUCCCUCCCUUUCUUACUCGUCGACUAUCAUUUCGAUGGUAUCCCCGAAGAAUUUCGACCCAUAGGGCGUCAUGUCGCCCAGCCCCAGCAGGUGCUCCAGCAGCUCCUUGACCUCACCAGCGGUCGACUCUUCAUCCAU